GAUUAACAGUCAGUUUUACUACAAUUAUUACAACCAAUCUGAUGAUUCAAAAGUGAGUGAGAUAAUCAUUGCCACUACUUACUUAGUCGAACCAUCCAUCUUGGAAUACGGAAUGAUUUACACUUUAACUCUUUCAAAGACAAUUAAUCCCGAGCUUGAUAAGCGGCGGAUCGAAGAGGAGAAGGGUGGCCUUCUUCGAAACUCUUACCGCUGGGUGCUCGACCAUGAUAAUUUUAAAAGAUGGAGAUACACUGCAGGCAAUCAGUUUCUCUGGAUCAAAGGUGAUGCUGGUAAAGGCAAGACAAUGCUAAUCUGUGGUAUUAUCAAUGAGCUUUCAGAGAAAGCUACGCAAGACAAAAUCAACAUUGCCUACUUCUUCUGCCAAGCCACCAACAAUCGUAUCAACAGUGCUACAGCGAUUUUACAAGGACUUAUUACUAUGCUUAGGAAGCAACAGCCUCUGCUCCAGACCCAUAUCCCUGCGAAGUUUCUUGACAACGAGAAUAGGUGGUUCGAAGUACACGAUGUCUUUCAGAAGAUACUCCAAGAUCCGGCUAUUAAGAAGACUUGCCUAAUAAUCGAUGCACUGGACGAGUGUAUUAUCGAUCAAAAUAGAUUUCUUAAAUUUCUUGAAGAGGAAUCGUCAGGUCUUCAACAUGUGAAAUGGAUUGUCUCAAGUCGAAACUGGCCGAGCAUCGAGAAAUAUCUCGACAAUAUAACAGGAAUCAGACUUCACCUUGAGCUGAAUGAGGAUGAUUUAGCUGCUGCUGUUGACUACUUCAUCAAGGAUAAAGUAGAGGCGUUAUCAAGAAAGCAUGAAUACAGCAAAGCAACAAGAAAAGCUAUUGAGGAUCAUCUGGUACUCAAUGCAAAAUAAACAUUUCUCUGGGUAGCUUUGGUUUGCGAGCAACUGAAAGAUGUUCCCCGUGAGUAUAUCCAGGCGGAACUUGCAACAUUUCCUCCGGGGCUUGACAUGCUAUAUAAGCGAAUGUUGGACAACAUCAGUGAUCUAAAAUUUGAUGCUAAGCACUGUACGUCUCUGCUUGGGAUUGCAGCCACUGUUUACCGUCCUAUCACAUUGGUUGAGUUAUCAUGUUUUCUCGAACUACCGAACAUUUCGACAAGCGACAUAGAGUCUGAUAAGUGCCUCAUCAAGUAUCUUGAAAGGAUUGCAAGAAACUGUG